CACAACACGCUUAAGGAAAAAUCCCAUAUAAAAACAGACUCCCCUUUUUCGUUCUUUCUCUUAUAAGUUGACAGAUCUCUCUCCCUCUCUCAACUCCCCAAAUCCCUAGUUUCUCAAUUGUACAGAAGAUCGGGGGUUUAAUCGCGGCGAGUUAAUCAUGUUUAACCGGCUUUUUGGGAAACCCAAGCAGGAAACAAAUGCUUUAACCACUUUAGACAAAUUAAAUGAGACCCUUGAAAUGCUAGAGAAAAAGGAAAAAGUACUUGUGAAAAAGGCUGGCGCAGAGGUUGAAAAGGCCAAGGAAUUCGCCAAAGGGAGAAACAAGAGAGCGGCUAUACAGUGCUUGAAGAGGAAGAGACUCUAUGAACAACAAAUAGAACAGCUUGGAAACUUCCAGCUUCGUAUUCAUGAUCAAAUGAUAAUGUUAGAAGGUGCCAAAGCCACGACUGAAACUGUGGAUGCAUUGAGAACUGGAGCGUCUGCAAUGAAGGCAAUGCAGAAAGCAACGAACAUAGACGAUGUUGACAAAACAAUGGAUGAGAUCAAUGAACAGACUGAGAACAUGAAACAGAUUCAGGAAGCAUUGUCAGCUCCUAUUGGAGCUGCAGCUGAUUUUGACGAGGAUGAAUUGGAAGCGGAACUCGAAGAGCUUGAAGGUGCUGAGUUGGAAGAACAGCUUCUCCAGCCUGCAACAACUGCUCCUGCAGCUCCAGUACAGGUGCCUGCUGGCAGGCAACCAGCUCGCCCUGUUCCUCAAAAGCGCACAGCUGAGGAAGAUGAACUUGCUGCAUUGCAGGCUGAGAUGGCACUUUAAGGCGGCUACAGGAGAACUGAUUUUGUUGCUUGGACUAGCGCAGGUCAUGUUGCAAAACAUGAAAAAGAGGCCAUAUUGUAUUAUUGAAUCGUCUACUUUAAAUUUGUGUGCAUUUAAGGUUUGACAGACAAUGUACAUAAAGAUUGCAUGAACUAAACAAAGCCCCUUAUUUGUACUCUGCUUCCUUGAAUUCACGCCUUCAUUUCACUCAUUUUCUUGUUCUUGUUCUUGUUCGUUCAAUAAACACUUAUUGUAUUCCGUGAAUC